CAGUUCAUGUCUGUAUGAAAUUUCAUUUAACCUAACAGCAUUCCUGUAGCUCCGGCAGCACAGUUGUAAUCCGAAUUGUUGUGCUGUAUUGUGAGUAAAUUUUACACAUUAACAUUUCAUUUCGUGAAACAAUCAGCAAAAUGACAACGCAAGAUCAUAUCAUCACGCUGGAAGGCUCAGCAUCAAUUAUACACGAGUAUCUCAAGUACAGCGUGUAUUCGAUCAUCUUCCAACGAGGUCUCUAUCCGUCUGGAGAUUUUUUGCCGGAGGAAUAUAAUGGUGUGCCAGUGAUGGUUUCACGCGACGCAAAAAUCAAACCUUACGUCGAGCGUAUAAUGAAGGAAGUUCAAGAUUUGAUAGUGAAAAGGAUGAUAACCAAGGUUACCGUGUGUAUAAUUACGGUGGACAAAAGCGAGAUAAUCGAACGUUGGGAUUUUGACAUAAAACCCGAAUACGGGAAUGAAGAGGCAUCGCCUUCGGAAAAACCUUUAUCGAAGAUUCAGUCGGAGAUACGCAAUGUUAUGAGACAAAUCAUUUCUACCGUUAGCUUCCUGCCAUGUCUCGAAGAGCGCUGCUCCUUUGACAUAAUGCUCUAUACUCCGCAGAGUGUUUUCGAGCAAAAUCCAAACCUGAACAACGAAUUCUGCGAAGAGGAUAUCAAAUGUAUUGAGAUAAAGAAUGGCCAAACUGUUAAGCUGAAACAAUUUAGUACCGGAGUAAAUGCAGUCGACACAGCUGUAGUAUAUCGUUUGAAUGAAAAGUAAAGUUGUACAAAUUGUGUGCCGUAUAUAAGGGUGGAACAUUAAAUCGUUACUAAACAUCAACCGUAUUUUCAUACCAAUAAACUUGUUUUUCUCAUAUUUUA